AUGGAGUCCAUGAAGGAAGUCAGGAACUGGCUUGUGAACAAGUGCAAGAUACAACCAGCUUUUGGACAGCAGACGAAAGAACAACAGAGUUACGGCUCUGUCGUGACUCCUCAGAACAUUCCGGAGUUUAUUAUCCCGAAGUCGAAUUCGGAUGGUUCAUCGCAGCGUGACAGUGGGGAAAAACUGUCUAUCGAGGAAGAUGAGAACAGUCGGAACAGUGUCAGCCCUCCGGACUCUCGACAAGCAAGUCCCCGCCUUUCUCCUCGAACUUCAUUUCUUGGACUCGCUCCUGAUAUUUCCAAAUGCAGUCGGUCUGCUCCGACAAGUCCAUACAAACCAGCAGCGCCUUUGUUCAAAAACGUGGACUUGUAUUCUUGCGAAGAUUUGCAGAUAUUGAAAACGAAGGAUACAAAUGCCGAUCCGCAAUCCAUGGCGGCCAUGAGCCUUCCGCAUUUCCGUACAAAGACAGCAUACGGAUUCACAACUCUAAACCAGGCCCCGCAUACACGCAGAAAAGAGUCUCUGUUCCACUGUGACACAGAGUCCAUACCAAGUAUGCUGAAUCGUCGACAAUCUCAGAAAAAGAAUAACUCAAUUGAUAUAGCGCGCUCGCAAGAUAUAAUCGUAUCUUUGUCCCCUAAUCCACCUCCGCUGGGGCAACCUGACGAGGAGUUCCCUUUGAGCAGGCGCGGAAGUCGCCGAAGGGAGACUCCAACGACUGUGGUCACCCCAGUGACUAUCCUGACAGGCAAGAGAUGUAGCCCAGAGACAAGCCCCUUGCCUAGUCCAGUCUCUCCUGCCUGCCCGUCGCCCGUCCGCUCAGGCAUCGGGGCAAUGUUGAGCCCCUACCACCUCUGUCCAGAUAUGGCGAACACGAACAGAAUAUCUCGUCGAAAUAGGCUGUAUUAUCGUCGAAGGUCCUCCCUGCCUGGUUUCGAAGAGGACGAGCAAAGUUCGACGGAAUGCAGCUCUGCUGAGACUAGCCCCAUCGGUCGGCGAAAAAGUAACGGCACUCUGCUGGUUCCUGGAGACGUGAACUUACAGAAGCGCCAUUCUUCACCUUGUCCUUCCAGCGAGCAGGAAAUCUUACAGUGCUCCGUGAUGGCCCUGAAGCUGUCGUGCUCUUGUUCGGACGCGUCCCCAACACGCUUCCAAUCUCACAUGUUGGCCGAGUUCGGCGAGGUCAAACUCUCUUUUCAGUACUUAACAGAUACUAGGCAAUUUAAAGUAGGACUGAUCAAAGCCGAAAAUUUGGGAGGUCGCAACAAGGGGGAUCAAAACAUAAACUCUUACGCGAAAAUUUACCUAAUGCCGGGCAAAGUUCAAAGACACACGUCUGAUACUGUGAAACGAACACGUGACCCAGUAUACAAUCAAGAGUUUUAUUUCAACGAUAUAAACAUAGAUGAACUCAGAUCUAUGAAGUUAAAGAUCAAGAUAUUCCAUAAGGGACAUAACUUUUCCAGGCAUGUAUUUAUCGGGGAAAUUGUCGUACCUUUGGCGAAGUACAAUAUUCAACAUGAGCAGAGGAUGUGGAAAGAUUUGGAACCCAAAAUGGAUUCGGAGGAACUUGGAUACCUGCAGUCGUCGUUAACCUUUGACCCUAAAUCUGGUCGUUGGGAAAUUCCCGGAUUCUCCCAAGCCAAAGAUCUGCCCAAACAUCACAUAACUGGUGCUCCAGACCCGUAUGUCAAAGUCCACGUGUCCCUGCCGGGCAAAGCUGACAUGAAAAAGCAAACAAGGAUAAGAAAGAAAACGACACAGCCAAUGUUCAAGGAAGUUUUUCUUUUUAUUUCACCGAAAAUAGAGGACAUCAAUUACACUGCAAUUACACUGACUCUGUUUGACCAUGAUCGCAUUCGAAACGAUGACGUCAUUGGUCAAGUCCGAUUGGGUUACGGAUCAACAGAAGAGACUGAAGUGGACCAAUGGAAUGAAGCGUUACAGAAAUCCAGGACAGGAAAUUACCAUGUGGCAUUAUUUGAUGGAAAACGAAGAAGAUGCAUAAGGUCCCAUCAUGCACAAUAG